CUUGCCUCCUCCCCUCGCCACCGCGUCACCCCGCGCGCGCCUACCACUAUGGGCCGCCGUUUACGAGCGCCGCGUAUUGACCUCGCGUCCUUGCUAGCGGAAGACAAUCCCCAGAUCGACCUCAAACUCGAAGCCUUCGAGAAGACGAACCGCGAUUUUGUCAAGGCCCUCGGCGAGCACAAGAUGCGGUACAUCACAGCUAUGGCGGAGCGGAGAGAGCAGGUGGAGGCGGAGAAGAAGCGGCUGGCGGAGAGGAUGCGGGCGGCGGAGGCGGAGACGAAUCAGUGCAAGUUGAAGGAGAUUGAGUUGUUGGCUGAGCUGGAGCGCGAGCAGGAGGAGAAGCGGGAGGCGGAGGUGGCGAUUGCGUCCGUGAAGCGGCAGGUGGAGUCCUUGAAAAAGAAGACCGUGGAGGAUGAGACAGAGGUGGAGAACGUACGCGCGAUGGCGGAGAACCUGCAACGAGAGAAGGAGAAGGAGCGCAACCUGCUGAAUGCUCAUGCCAUGUCCGUUAUGCCCUACCUCGAAGCCUGCGAACGGACCCUUGCGUGCGCUAUCGAAGGCGUGAAGGGCGCAGCAGGCGCGGAACCCAUUCUCAUCCGAUUCUGGGAGAUACAACCCUCGGAUCCUGGGCGAGAGUUUCGCUUCGUGCUGGACGUGUCCAGUACGCCGUUCAAAGUCCCCACCUCCACCCCGCCAUUACCCACCCUGCCUAUACUCCUAGACCGGCUAAAUAAGACGCAGGAUAUCUACGGCUUCAUCAUCUCGGUGCGCCAGGCCUUCGUUGACCUCGUCGCGACUCGGACAUGAUCUCUGGGUUGGUCCGUCCAUGUGUCUACGUAUCUCUCUUGCUUCGGGUUUACUAUUGUACUGUGUAACACUAUUUUGUACCGCAGAUAUGCGUCAUGAUGAUACCUCGCGAUUAUCCUAUCUUCAUUCU